AAGAAACCCCGUCGAGGGCCACUAUGGGUUCUAAAGGGAAUAUUAAUUAUGUUUUUUUUCAGGGGGUACUGAUACUGCUGAAGCUUUUAGAAGACUCACAACUGCCCUCAAUCGACACAAAUAAUGUAACUGCACCGUUACCUAUCAGCAAUUGACUUCUGGGAUGCUGGCGGAAUGUUUAAGGCGGGCUCUUCGCAGUCAUUUCGGCGACACAGGCCCGCGGGUCGACUGCAUCGUUAUCACCAUACUAUAACAACACAUCAGCCUUAACUGGCGUCUAGCCUAUAUAUACACACACACAGUACCUCCGAAUCUCUAUUCGACCGAUUGUCUGUGGUGGUCAGUCGUUGGUGCUUGCUGUACUACGGCUUCACGGAAGUUAGUUGGAUAGUUUUCCUAAAGUUCGGAUUUACAAUGAAAGCCAAGACUGGGGUCACCCUAGUCUUGCUAGCUGCUUUCGUUUAUGUUGCAGCACAGGAAGGCGAAUCCGAGCAAAAUGUUGUGGAAGAGUUAUUGGUGGAAACCUUGGUAAAACCCGAAACUUGCUCUAUAACGUCAGAAAUGGGUGACACGCUACAAAUCCACUAUACGGGUAAACUACUUGCUGAUGGCAAGGUGAUUGACUCAUCACUGUCCCGGGACCCUCUUGUUGUUGAGCUGGGAAAGAGGACCGUUAUCCCUGGUCUGGAACAGAGUUUGGUAGGCGUUUGUGAAGGACAAAAAAUCAAGACCACUAUUCCACCACACCUUGCCUAUGGAAAAAGAGGAUACCCUCCAACUAUCCCAGCUGAUGCUGCUCUAGAGUUUGAGGUGGAGGUGAUGUCACUGAUCCAGGCAACCCCAUGGCAGAAGAUGGUGAAUGAUGUCUUUCCCCUAGUGUGUCUGGGCCUGGUUCCCACUCUGCUGGGUAUGGUGGGUCUCUACCUCUAUAACAAGGCCAAUGCCCAGCGGCCAGGAAAGAAGAAGGCCAAGGACAAGAAGAGCAAGAAGAAGUGAAGGAGACUCGCAUAACUAUUUAACUAAUAAAAUUAAAAACAAGGGA